AUGAGCGGUUUCUCAUCUUCCUCGUCGUCAAGCGGCACUCUUGACCGCCGAUCCAGCGUUGGAACCAUGAACAGCCAGUCACGUCCCUGGUCGCAUAGUCUUGAGGCUAGUGAUGUGUACACAGGUGCCGGGUUCUUCGAUUGCGCCGCACAAGGAACGAACUCUGACUCGUUCGAUAAACCGUUCAAUGCAGCCGAACUUCCACUCAUCCCCGUCGGCUUGCACUCGAAGCUGAGAUAUCGCCAAAUGACCACCCCGGCCCACGAGAACUGCCCGCGGCCGAACUCAGCAGGCCCGAUGCAGCUGGAACUGAAUGCACCUUCGGUGUCGCUGCCGACCCAGCGCAUUGCUCAUGUUGACCUGUCACAACAGAACCGGAGACGCAGAAUAUCUCGCUCCGCUCAGCAGCAUCACCAAGGCAAAAUGCGAAGAGCACGUUCGGAGUCACUUGCUGCACUCACAGCUGCGCAACCGAGGUCGUGCGGCCAGCAGCGUACAUCGUCCUCGCGCUUCAGCCCUUCACCAUUCGAAGUCGCUCUCCCAGACCAGACGCACCGCUCAUCCCUCCAUCGGCAUGCGCAAUCGGGCUUGUGUGUCGGCCCUCCGCCGCAGUACGUUCCGCCACCUACGGUCGCUCAUCAUCCCAACAUGGGUAUGGCCCUACACCGAAGCAGCCCUGGAGUCGGACGGCGCGCGAUACCGACGCGCGAAAGCCUGUCGCAGUGGAAUUCGGACCGCGAAGAAGCGAAGAUGGGUCUCGGCGACAUGCAUCGCGCAGACAUGAAGGAGAGAGUGCGACGCGCAAACGAGUUGGAGCUGGAGAAAGAGCAGGAGCUGGUACACUUAGAGAAGAAAGCGAGUGGUGUAGCGCAAGAGCAAGCACGAGGCUGCUUCGGCGCAGUGCUACGCCUGUUCAAAAUCGGUUCAGAACGAUAA